GCACACUACGUGCAUCACCUUAUUCCAAGAACGGUAUUGCUGCUCCUCACUUCAGUGCAGCUUUUCUUCUUCUUGCGGUGCGCAUUAUAGUGGACUUUAGCGAUCCGAAGCAUUCUGAUUCUUCUCCAGGUAGGACAGCUGCUGCAUCUUCGAGUAGUACACCACAUGAUCUUCAUCAAAAAACCACGAGUUGUUGGGAUGACAUGGACGCUCGAUGUCGAUUUUUGCGGCUCCAUAUCGAAGAUGAUCACGCGCUGCACACUGCACGCCGAUACACCGUGUUGCCAAAUCAGCCGACGGGCAACGGCGGUUUGGGACAAGUUUGGCGUGCAGGUCUGUCCUGGAACCAGUUGCUUUUUCGUUACAGUUCCGACACCGUCCGU